UGGCAGUGGGCUGCAGUACUAUUAGAGUGUUUGUGAGUGGAGCAGGUUUGGGUUUCUGAUUGUAGUUUUAUAACAGGAGGAAAUGUUCUGUUCAGCUGGAAUAAUGAAAGCUGGAAUUACCCGCCCGGCUGUUUUGGGCUCUUUGUCUUCCCUUCUGUUGAAAAGCAGAGUGUGCCACAGGUUGCCAGUCAGUCUACGGUGCUACAGCAGCAACGAUAAAGAGGAGCAAAUCAGCCGCUAUCCAGUGCCUUACAGGAAAAGCCUGCCAUAUGACAUCGUGGAGCUGAUGGAGGAGGUCGAAACAAAGGGUGGCUUCGUGCCGAACGUCUUUAAGGUUCUUGCUCAUCGACCUGAAGAGUUUCGAGCCUUCUUUGCUUAUUAUAACACACUGAUGAAUACAGAGACAGGUGGUUUAUCAAAAGCAGACCGGGAGUUAAUUGUUGUGGCAACCAGCGCCCAUAAUCACUGCCUGUACUGUGUGGUAGCUCACAGUGCGCUGCACCGCAUCUACUCUAAGAAACCCAUGCUAGCUGAUCAGGUGGUAGUAAACUAUCAGGUAGCAGAGCUGAGCGCGCGGGAGCGUGCCAUGCUGGACUUUGCUCUGGCUGUGUGUCGCAGUGAAACACUGACCGAUAAACACUUUAGCUCUCUGGAGGCACAUGGUUUUGACCGGGAGGAUAUAUGGGACAUCGCUGCCAUCGCUGCAUUCUUUGCCAUGUCUAACCGCCUGGCGCACCUCACCGACAUGAGACCCAACACAGAGUUCUACAACAUGGGAAGAGUGCCCAGAGACAAACGGCCAAAGCCAGACGAGAAGGACAGCAGGUCUUAGGUCCAGCUGAUCUCUACUUAUAGCCCAAAUCUCUGCAGAUGAUUGGUAAAUGAGUAAACAACCCUUGGUCUGGAUUCAUAAUAAUUGGAUCCUAAAGGGCGCACAUAUCCUUGUGUUUUUGUUUAUUGUUAACUGGUUAGGGCUAAACUGCUGUAGGCCAAAUAUGUGAUAUACACUGAUAUCAUUAUUUUUACAUUACCUUAACAUUAUCACAACUGACAGGUAUAAAAAACACUGAUUAUCUUCAUCUAUAGUGGCAUCUAGGUCUGUCAAGAUGAGACUUUUUUGUGGACGAUAUAUCGUCCCAGAAAUGAUUGCGAUAAACAAUAUUAUUGUCGUUUUAAGACCAUUUUAAUGCCAUUGAUAUAAUGAAAAUAGAAAAUAGACAAUAGCAAUUUUUUCACCUACAGCAGUCCACACUGUGUGUAUGGAGUCGCAGGUAUUGAAGCAUUGGUCAUUGCAGGACUGGCUAAAAUACUGUUCACUGUAAUAUACCGCUCUGGAAAAAAAUAUGAAACCACUUCAGUUCAUGAAUUAAUUUCUCUGAUUUUGCCAUUUAUAGCUAUAUGUUUAACUAAAAUAAAUAUUGUUGUUUUAUUCUAUAAACUACACACAACAUUUCUUCCAAAUUCCAAAUAAAAAUAUUGCCAUUUAGAGCUUUUAUUUACAGAAAAUGAGAAAUGGCUGAAAUAACAAAAACGAUGCAGAGCUUUCAGACCUCAAACAAUGCAAAGAAAAAAAGUUCUAAUUAAUAAAGUUUUAAGAGUCAAAUAUCGUAUCAAUAUCAAAUAUUGGUGGAGUAACCCUGGUUUUUAAUCACAGUUUUCAUGCAUCUUAGCAUGUUCUCCUCCACCAGUCUUACACACUGCUUUUGGAUAACUUUAUGCCACUCCUGGUGCAAAAAAUCCAA